AUGUCAGGUGGACCCGUGCCCAUUUGGAAGAAGUAUACAAGUGGAUCUAACGGAAUAUGGGAAAAGGUUAGACAAAUAUUUGCACUUGUCCCCAACAGAUCUUCUGGUAACCCAGUGGUGAAAUAUUUUAGAGCUGUUCCACCAGGAGCCAGAGUGGAAGAAGCAAAUCAAUAUAAAGAUCCAUUCACUGUACCAGCUGGUGAUAUUAAGGGGAACAACUAUUUUGAUAGAGAUUACAGAAGAAACUACCCACAAUUGCAUGCCUUUGAUCAAACCAAAGUUUCAGGGUUAUUAAGUUUAGGAAGUGCUGCCAACUCAAGAGUAAGUGUUGGAGAGAAGGGGAAGAAGGAACUUGCUGCAUUUUCUGAACCAGUUAGUUUGUCCACAACUUUGACUCAAGGAUCAAUUCCUGUUGAUGUUAUUAAUGGAGAAUUAUUAGGCUCUUCUGGUGAACCAAUCUCUGCUCCUUCUAGAACACAUGUUAAAUGGACCAUUUUACAAGAAGCACAACAUGGUAUGUAUGCUGACAAAUAUCCAUGUCGUAUAUUUACUGAUGUUAAGAACUGA